UUGUCUUUCCUUUUUCGGUCUCCUCCCGGCCCCGACCGCUGCGUGACGCAAGAGAGAGACCGACAGAGACAGCCAUUCUCGACUUGCAUUGGCCCCCGUUCUCAACCAACGGCGAACCCGACUGCCAUCGCCACCCACGGCCUCCAAGACGACCGCCUUGGCCUCGGACGCUUCUCGUAUCCCACCGCGAUCAGAACCCUAGAUAUUUUCCGGCCUAUCACUCAUGACGCCCGUGCUUGCAUCAGUAUAAACCUUAGUGGCGCCGCUUCAGCUUGGAGUUGUCAAUUCUUAGCCGGGACUGCACACGUACAAGCCGGCAUCAUGGAGACAUCCUCAAGAUACGAGCCUGCGGGUCUCCCGAGCAUCUAUAUAGACUCGAACCCAAGAGGCUCGGACCGAUCCAACUCCUUUAACAGAUAUUCUUCUUCUGUCGAUAUUCCCGGCUCCAACGACAGAAUUAACGCACCGCCGCCCUUGCCGCCGCCGCGACUCCCCUUCGACGAUCCGCACAUGCAUCACCAGGAGCCCAGACAACACUACCGCGAUCCCUCAUCAUACAGCCCUAGAGAACAUGGUUAUCACGACAGCUUAGGAAGCUUGGAUGACAGGCCACAUUACAUGAGAUCCGGUCACAGGCACGAUGAGGGCUAUGCUAGCAUGGGUUCGUCUUCGGCUUCGGCUUCUACGAGGUCCGAAUGCUCCCUGCCGAGCAUUUCCGCCGGGUUUGGUCUGCAUCACAACCAGUUCCAAUUCCAGUCCGGCGCCGACGCCUUCAGCGACAUGAAGAAAAAGCUGGCACCUCUGAAAACCUUCGACAAUAAACCAAUAGGCUCGCUCCUCAGUGCGUCGAGCACAUCGUCAACUAGCGACUCGUUCUCAAGGAGAUUGUCCGGCGACCUGCGCGUGCCUCCGCUUUCCGUGCCCACCACCACUCUUCCACUUCACCUAAAAACUUCAAACCUAUUGGAUUCUCCCGACAGGUACACGCAGACUCCUCACUCUGCUCUUUCGCCCUCCCCUAGAAGCCAGCCGUUCCAUCUCAGUCAGGAUUACAGGUCACCUCGGUCUGUCUCCGAUCUGGACAGGUCGCCUCCAACCAGGACGAGGAGGAACAACAGCGACGAUGCAUCAUCCCACAGCUAUGAAGUGGAUGAGAUGGAAAUGGAAGAGACUAAUUCAAUGAAAAGAUUGCGGAUAGAGGAUCCCAUGAGAGCUCACUACGACGGCGCUGGAGCGAAGCGACGUGCAUCCGCUGACCCCGACGAUAGCGUACCCCUUGGUUUUACAAGCCAAGGUGACUUGCUGCGUCGCCGCGAUGGAAAUCAGAGGGGAUCUCCCACGCCUCGGCUAACCGUCAUUCCUCAAGGAUCUGUUCCGUCGCCAUCAUCCGGUCGCGCCGGUUCUUAUGGCUCCAACCUAUCCCUGCUUGGCUCAUCGUUCGGCCGAGUGUCUCCAGGCGGCCUUUCCCCAGGGGGUAUUUCACCCGGCGGAACUGACCCCAGCUGCAGCUCUCCUUACAGUGCGUCGAUGUCGCUGAACCCCUCACCCCGCGGCUCCCUUUCCAGGGCAUCCCACCAGCGGACCAUCAGCGAAAGCCGGCCUCUCGCUUCUCCCCGCAAGCUUACGGAAGUAAGCAAGCCUGGUGGGACUAAGAUUUCGGGAUUCUUCAUGUGUGACUGUUGCCCGAAGAAACCCAAGAAAUUCGAGUCGGCGGAGGAGUUGGCGUCCCACGAAGCAGAGAAGCAAUAUGAGUGUUCGUUCUGCGGAAAUCGAUUCAAGAACAAGAAUGAGGCAGAGCGGCACCAAAAUAGUCUUCAUGUCCGUAGACACAGUUGGAGUUGCUCGGCCUUGAACGGUUAUGAUCGAGCCUUCCACGACAGCACCAAUCGCCCCGGUGAAGCAGACUCCUGUGGUUAUUGUGGCGAGGAGUUCCCUAGAAACGGUAGGGGUCCCGGUGCCUCAGCACCUCGCCACGCCACUGAUCAGGAUUGGGAAGAGCGCAUCCGCCAUCUUCAAGAGGUUCACAAGUUCCGGGAGUGCAACAGCAGCAAAAAAUUCUUCCGUGCAGACCAUUUCCGGCAGCACCUCAAACACAGCCACGCAGGCACUAGCGGCAAAUGGACGAACAUGCUGGAGAAUGCAUGCAUGUUGGAUGAGGAUCCGACUCCGAGAUGA